GCGGCCGCGAGACACUAACAUGGCGCCGGGCGGCGGGCGGCGGCGCGGCGGCGGCGGCGGAGGGGGAGGCCUCGGCCGCGGCCCCGGGGGGAUCGGCGGGGGUUCCCCGUUUUCGUCGUCGUCGUCGUCUCCCCCGUUGCUGCCGCCGCUGUUGUUGCUGCUGGCGCUGCCCGGCGGGGCGGUGCCGUCGGGGGACAGCGUGAUCCUGGGGAUGCGGUUGGAGGAAAGCACGAAGCCGGCGGCGGGGUCACCGGCCCGCGGGCCCAUCCGUGUGACGGAGGGUAGCGAGGUGCUGCUCCGCCUCUACGGGCUGGGGUUGGGCCCCCGCACCGGCGAACGGGUGGCCUUCGCCGAAUUACGGCCGGCCGCCAACGCUUCGGUUCCCAACGGCACCUGCCCCGAGCGUUCCCAGGACCUGCUGGUGCAGCCCGGCCCGGCCGAGGCCCGCGACACCUCGGCCCUCCUGCGGGUCCGCGUCCAGCCCCUGCGCAAGGACGAGCAAGCCAAAACCUACGUCCUCUGCACCCAACGCCGACCCGGCCAACCCUGGCUGCCCCAUCAAGGCCCCGACGGGCGGAUCGUGGUGCUGGAGGAGAAGAAGUCGCUGCUGCCCCUUUGGUUGCAGGUGAUCCUCAUCGCCGGGUUGCUGGUGCUGUCGGGGAUGUUCAGCGGGCUCAACCUGGGCCUGAUGGCGCUGGACCCCAUGGAGCUGCGCAUCGUGCAGAACUGCGGCACCGAUAAGGAGAAGCGUUACGCCCGCAAGAUCGAGCCCAUCCGCCGUAAGGGGAACUAUUUGCUCUGUUCCCUGCUGCUGGGUAACGUGCUGGUUAACACCACCCUCACCAUCCUCCUCGACGACCUCAUCGGCUCCGGCAUCGGCGCCGUCGUCGCUUCCACCAUCGGCAUCGUCAUCUUCGGGGAGAUCGUGCCCCAGGCGCUCUGCUCCCGCCACGGCUUGGCCGUGGGCGCCAACACCAUCCUGGUCACCAAGUUCUUCAUGCUGGUGACGUUCCCCCUCUCCUACCCCAUCAGCAAGCUCCUCGACUGCGUCCUGGGCCAGGAGAUCGGCACCGUCUACAACCGGGAGAAGCUGGUGGAGAUGUUGAAGGUGACGGAACCCUACAACGACCUGGUGAGGGAAGAGCUCAACAUGAUCCAGGGGGCCCUGGAGCUCCGCACCAAGACGGUGGAGGACGUGAUGACCCCGCUGCAGAACUGCUUCAUGAUCAACAGCGACGCCAUCCUGGACUUCAACACCAUGUCGGAGAUCAUGGAGAGCGGCUACACCCGCAUCCCCGUCUACGAGGACGAGCGUUCCAACAUCAUGGACAUCCUCUACGUCAAGGACCUGGCUUUCGUCGAUCCUGACGACUGCACCCCCCUCAAAACCAUCACCAAAUUCUACAACCACCCCGUCCACGUCGUCUUCCACGACACCAAGCUGGAUGCCAUGCUGGAGGAGUUCAAAAAGGGGAAGUCCCACCUGGCCAUCGUGCAGAAAGUGAACAACGAGGGCGAGGGAGAUCCCUUCUACGAGGUGCUGGGGCUGGUGACGCUGGAGGACGUCAUCGAGGAGAUCAUCAAGUCGGAGAUCCUGGACGAGUCGGAUACGUACACCGACAACCGCAGCAAGAAGCGGGUGGGCAACCAGAAGAACAAGAGGGACUUCUCGGCCUUCAAGGACCCCGUCAACGAGCUGAAGGUGAAGGUCUCUCCACAGCUGCUGCUGGCCGCUCACCGCUUCCUCUCCACGGAGGUGACGCUCUUCACCCCCAACUUCAUCUCGGAGAAGAUCCUGCUGCGGCUCCUCAAAUAUUCCGACGUCAUCCAGGAGCUGAAGUUCGACGAGGAGAACAAGAAAUCCCCGCGCCACUUCCUCUACUGCAAGAACAAGGCAGCCGACUACUUCAUCCUCAUCCUGCAGGGCAAGGUGGAGGUGGAGGCCGGCAAGGAAUGCAUGAAGUUUGAAGCGGGAGCUUUCUCCUAUUACGGGGUGAUGGCCCUCAGCCCCUCUCCUGUAUCCGAGAUCCGCUCCCCGUCCCACGUCAGCAGCCUGAACCGCUCGGCCUCCCUCAGCUACCACGAACGUUCCGAUUCCGUCUCCUCCCCGGUCAGCGGCAGCAACAACCAGCUCAACGCCGGCACCGGCGCCCAGUACGUGGCCGACUUCAGCGUCCGCGCCCUCACCGACCUCCAGUUCGUCAAGAUCACGCGGCAGGAAUACCAGAAUGGUCUGACGGCCUCCCGCAUGGACAGUUGUCCCCAAUCCCCCGACAGCAACGCCCCCAAACCAGACGCCAGUUUACCGGAGAAACCGGAACCCUCCACCACUGCCGACGAGACCACCAGUCUCCUGAACGAGAGGAACUGCCUGAGCCGCCGGAGCAACCACAGCCCCCUGGAAAACUCCAUCUGACCCCGGCCCCGCCGGCACGCGCCGGGAGGGACCUCGCGUGCCCGUUUUAGGGACCCUUGCCCCGGUAGGAAACGCUCGGCAUCUCCUCGGUGAUGCCGUGCCGCGUGCCGCGGUCGCCGGAGAAGCCCGGUUGAGCUGGAGGAGGUGGCGGCAGCGCGGUAGGAAACGGAGCCGGGAUUUGCUGCUGCUUUCCAGACUGGCUUAUUUUUAAUUAAUUUAAACGGAAUGCGGUGGAGACGGCACAACUCUCCGCCGGCCGCCCCGCCGACGGCGCUCGUUCAGCUCAGGGAGCUUCAGGUCUCGUACGCCGCUUUGGGGAGGCGGGGGGGGGGGCUCCGCCGCGGCCCCCCCGGGACGGGCAUCCCGGCCCCUCUCCGGCGUUUUCGGGGGGCACAACGGUAGACGGGGACGCCCGGGGUACGGCGUGACGGCGGCGUCUCGUCCUUCUCCCGGAUGAACCGAGGCGAUCGAUGCCGCGACCCUGCUCCGUGCCCGUUCCCCUUUCCUGCUGGCCCGGGGCACCGGGGGGAUGCGGCGGCGGAGAGCUCGGCGGCGGGCCUGAAGCCGAGGGGAUGGGCUCAGCGUCUCCGGCGCAAAGCCGGGCACGACCAAGACCCUCCGCCAUCCCAGGAGACCCGCCCCGGCCCCUCUGCCACUCACCGGUGUCAUGAGCGUGCUGAGGACGGCAGGGACGGUGUGUCCCCCCCCCACACCCCCCCCCGGCGGUUUCGGUGCCUUCCCCCCUGCCAUGGGGCGUCUCAGGGUAUCCGUGCCGGGGGGACGGGGAUCGGUGAGGCGAGGAGGGGUGCAGGAUCCGGCUUUUUGGGGCGGCACAAAGCUAGUGACCAAAGUUGUACAGGCAGGAGGGGGCCAGCGCUGUGUCGUCCCCCCCCCCACGAACACACACACCCCGGCACCGGGGGACCCCAAAAUCCCCCGGUGACCUCCUCGGGGCAGGACAUGGGACCCCCCCGGUAAGCACCAGCCGGACCCCCCCCCAGUCCCCGGAGCUUCGUGCCCUGGGGGCAGGGGGGUUGGGGGGGGGGGGUAUGAGACACCCCCCUCACCACUACCACCCCCCCCAAAAAAAAGCACAAGUUCCCUGGAUGAAUUCUGUAAGUUAUUGGGAGAAGGUUAAUUAUUUUUGUUAAUCACAUCUCGACGAUCAGGUCCUAGGUCCUUCUGCGGGGAGAUACUAGAAAUAAUAAUAAUAAUAAUAAUAAUAAUUAAUAAUAAUAAUAAACCAAGACAAAAAAGCCCCUUUUUUAAUUAAAUCUUCCUCUAUGCAAAUACCCCACCCCCUCUCUCCCUCCCUCCCCCCCCCCCCCCCCCCCCCCCCCGAAUUCGUAUUUAUUUUUCGCAUCAGGUUUGAUUUGUAUAUUUGGGGGAGGCCGGGCCCGGGGGGGUGCGGGGGGGGCCGGGCCUCCCCCUCCCGGUUGUGACCCCCCCACACACACACCUCCUCUUCCUCCCGCCGCCCCCUCCCGGUUGCGAAACCGACUGUAGAAUUUUAUUUGAUGGGGUUUUGGGGGGGGGGGGGUGCCCUUUGGGUAAUAAAAAUCUAUAUCUGUA